CUAAUGAACUGAAGCAGUUUCCCCAUGAUUGGCAAAGUGAAGAUUAAAGAAAGCUGAUAAAUACAAGCUCGACGACGAUGGAAGCAGGACAUAAGGCCGGUUACCUGGAAGAGUUUGGUGUGACGUCGGUACUAAGUGCAGAUAUGAUGCCCAGAAUCUGGGGAGGUGACCAGGAAUCUGCAGAAGACAGACCAGACUUAGCAUUACAGAAAUGGUUGCAGCAACUUCCAGAUGUCAUAAUGUCUCAGAUUAACUUAGCUUUACAACAAGAGAGCCCGUUUAUGCCACCAGAUGUGACUCCUGAGAUGAUGGCAGAAUCCAACAGUAGCGUGCCAAGCAUGAAUCACAUAGAAAUUUUAUAUCGAUGCCUUGAUCUUGCCAUGAGAGCGAAAGAUUACAAAAUUGCUGCAGCCAUAAUUUAUGUCGUUGACCGUGCCUGCUAUAGAUUUGGACGUUCAGGGGCGCUACUGAAUGUUGUAGAUGAGAUCAUGCAAGUUAGCCCAGAGACACCUAUUGCACCUCAGGUGGUGUUACGCAAAGCUCGUGUCUUAAAAGACACAGGAGAUUUGCAUGGUUCAAUGAAGAUAUUAGAUGCUGUGAUAAGCAAAGAAUGCAAGUGGGAAUAUAAAGACAACAUUCAGUAUGAAAAUACUAAAGCUGUAUGUGUGCAGAUUAAAGGACAAAUUCUUCAUAACUUAGGUCUGUGGAAAGAGGCUAUCACACCACUGGUGGAUUCUGUAGACUCUUUUAAACUUGUCAGAGAUAACAAAGGAAUUUCCUCAUCCCUGGGUCUUUUGUCCCGUUGCCUCAGAAAGCUCAGUUAUGAUGAUUUUAUCAAUCUGCGCAUCAUGUACCCUGUGCAUGUUUCAAAGUGACCAUCACUAUUUUGAGGCUUAUGCCAAGGGUUAGAAGCUGUGCGUCUGAUUCAGGAUUUGGGAGCAACUUUAUACAUAACCAAGCAUCAGUUGGUUGCUGAUGAGUCUUUACUGAUGUAUGCCGUCGUUCAGCAGGCAGUGUCUAAAGAACACCAUUAUUUUGAUACUAUACUAGACGAGAUGAAAAAAAGCCUUGCAGGCCAUCAGACUGUACGACAUCUUCACAGCAUA